AUGCCGAUUCUCUUUUCUGCCAUUGCAGGAUUAAUAUCUGUGGGUAUUCCAGAUCUUCAGUGGUUUUCUAAUUUGAGUCUCUUAUGUUUUGACUUUUGCCACCAGGUUCAAGGAACCAUCUUCCCAGCUCCAAAUUUCAAUCCUGUGAUGGAUGCCCAAAUUCUAGGGGGAGCACUCCAGGGAUUUGAAUGUAACAAAGACUUACUGAUUGACAUCUUAACACAACGCAGCAAUGCACAGCGGCAGAUGAUAGCUGGGGCCUACCAGAGCAUGUAUGGCAGGGACCUGAUUGCAGAUCUGAAGGAGCAACUUUCAUCUCACUUCAAAGAAGUGAUGGUGGGCCUGAUGUACCCCCCACCAUCUUACGAUGCUCAUGAACUCUGGCAUGCCAUGAAGGGUGCAGGCACUGAUGAGAACUGCCUCAUUGAAAUAUUAGCUUCAAGAACAAAUGGGGAGAUUUUCCAGAUGCGAGAAGCGUACCUUUUACAAUACAGCAAUAACCUUCAAGAGGACAUUUAUUCAGAGACCUCGGGACACUUCAGAGAUACUCUCAUGAACUUGGUUCAGGGAAACAGAGAGGAAGGAUAUGCAGAUCCUGCCAUGGCUGCUCAGGAUGCAAUGGUCCUGUGGGAAGCUUGCCAGCAGAAGACUGGGGAGCAUAAAACCAUGAUGCAGAUGAUCCUAUGCAACAAGAGCUACCCACAGCUGUGGCUGGUUUUCCAGGAAUUUCAAAAUAUUUCUGGCCAAAGCCUGGUGGAUGCCAUCAAUGACUGUUACGAUGGCUACUUCCAGGAGCUGCUGGUUGCAAUUGUUCGCUGUGUCCAGGACAAAGCAAGCUAUUUUGCAUAUAAAUUAUACAGAGCAAUCCAUGACUUUGGCUUCCAUAAUAAAACUGUCAUCAGGAUUCUAAUCGCCAGAAGUGAAAUAGACCUAAUGACCAUACGGAAACGUUACAAAGAGAGAUUUGGGAAAUCCUUGUUUCAUGAUAUCAAAAAUUUUGCUUCAGGGCACUAUGAGAAAGCACUGCUUGCCAUAUGUGCUGGUGAUGUGGAAGACUACUAA